UCGAUUGGCAGCACCGUCAGCAUUGGGUGGGAGUACGUUCAAGCAUUUUAAUACCGAAACAGCUGUUUCACAUCGCAGUGCAGCAAUGAGCGCAGUUAAAUAUAUAGGACGUACAACCGAUUUUCGUGGCAAGAGUCUGUGGGAGAUUAUAGGCAAUCUGCGCGACUACGGAGUUGGCCGGCUGAUAAUACGUAACAUGUUCCAACGAUAUGAAGAGCCUUGCUAUAUGCGCAUACUUAAAGUGGAGGUUACACCGCAUGAUCCUGCUACGGACCCAAUUCGUAAAGUGGCAGUAACGGUAGAAAAGACGUGGAGAGGUGUAAUUAAUCCAAAACCAGUCACUCUAUACAGUACCACCUAUAAGCCGGACUACGAGUUAAUCCCCAAAGAAGAAGAAGCGAAAUAUACCAACAACACAAAAAAUGUGUCCGAACAAAUAUUAGCAAAUAGUAUUGAGUUUCCUCCAUUGUUGCGCGAAUUUAUUCGACAGGAAACUGGUGUAAAAGAACCAAUAAUGAAAGUUCAUCAUAAGAUAAAUCACAAUAAACUAGCACGACUGGCUAAAGAGGGUGAAAAGCCGACUAUUGAAUGUACUAUGGGGUUAGGUACUCCAGCCAGUCCAAAGCUAUAUGAAGGUGUCUUAUAAGCGCACUGUACUUCCUUAUCAAAAUAUAUUAAGUUGUAAACAUAUUUGAAA